AUGGUAGUGGAUGGCGCUGAAUUUCUUGCAAAAGUGAAGGAGUCAGUUGGUACUGAGGCUGCUGCUCAGAAGGAUUUUGAGAUUCCUCGGCCAGCAUUCGAUGCUCUCGCAACCGAAUACGACACUCUGCUGGAUGAGGUGGCCACAUUCAAGGAUAAAUAUACGCGCGCGCUGGCAGAAGUGGAAAAUGUUCGUCGUCGCGGACAGAAGCAGACAGAAGAAGCAAAAGUAUUUGCAAUUCAAGGAUUUUGCAAAGAUUUGCUUGAAGUUUGUUUUUAA